UCUCUCUCUCUCUCCUCGCCCUCUCUCUCUCUCUCUAUGCCCCUUCCCGCAGCCACCAUCCCCAAACCCACCACCAUGCCAGACUUGGCCAACCUCUCUCUCCCCCUCACUCACUGCUCCACCGUCAAUCCCCCCGACGCCACCGCCGCUGAUUCCCCCGUCAAACCCCUACCCAACGACUACCCUUCCGACGACAACGACGCCGCUGAAGCUCGCGUCCUCAAGCGCAGCCGCGGCUCCGUCGAACGGGUCAAGAAGGCUUCCAAUGACUCAAACUUCAUGGAUCACCUCAAAGAUCCUUUCUCCCUUCCCUUCCUCUUUGGUGCUCCCAAAAUGGUUGAAUGUCAUUUCUGUCACCAUUGUAUCUGCCCUGGGGAGGAGGUGUUAUGCUCUGUUCGUGGAUGUGGCGCACGCUACCACAUGGAUUGUGCUAAAGAAGCUGGUGGGGCUUCAAAUGUGAAAAAAUUCAAGUGCCCACAACAUGUGUGUUUCGUUUGCAAACAAAGAUUGCACUUGCGGUGUGUCCGUUGCCCAAUGGCUUUCCAUACUAAAUGCGCACCAUGGCCGGAUGCAGUAAUUGAUCUGAAAGAUCAUCCGGGUCAAGCUGUUUGUUGGAGACAUCCUUCUGAUUGGCGCCUGGAUAGAAAGCCUGAAACUUCGACAAGUGACAUUUCGGAAGCAUUUUGUCGCUUGCCCCUUCCUUUUACCGAAGAGGAGUUCAAGAUUGACUUCAAUUGGAAAGAUACGGACACUAAGAUGGAGCCACCACCAUAUGCACACAUAAGACGAAAUAUAUAUCUAGUGAAGAAGAAGCGUAGUGUUGUAGAUGAUGAAGAUGCAGGAUGCACCAGUUGCAGUUCUACAUGUUCUGAAGACUGUGUAUGCAGGGUUCAAUGCAUAAGCUGCUCAAAGGCUUGUCGCUGCUCAGAAAAUUGCAGUAAUCGGCCAUUUCGCAAGGAGAAAAAAAUGGAGAUUGUCAAGACUUUACUUUGUGGAUGGGGAGUAGAAGCCGCUGAAGCAAUUGAAAAAGGCGAAUUUAUAAUUGAAUAUAUUGGAGAAGUCAUUGAUGAUGCUUUAUGUGAAAAAAGGCUUUGGGACAUGAAAGACCAGGGCGUACAAAAUUUCUACAUGUGUGAGAUUCGGAAAGACUUCACAAUAGAUGCAACUUUCAAAGGAAACACAUCACGGUUUUUAAACCAUAGCUGCAAUCCAAACUGUGUUUUGGAAAAGUGGCAAGUUGAUGGUGAAACCCGUGUGGGUGUAUUUGCUGCUCGUUCAAUAGAAGUUGGAGAGCCAUUAACGUAUGAUUACAGAUUUGUGCAAUUUGGUCCAGAGGUGAAAUGUCACUGUGGUGCCCCAAAUUGUCAAGGCUUUCUAGGUACCAAAAAGAAGAUUAGCAAGGUACACAUCCGUUGGGGCUCCAAACGUAAGAGAACUUCAAAAUCUCGCAAGUGUAGGCAAAUUGAAAAGCCAACAACUAUAAAUGGCCAUUUGGGGAGUGUCUGAGGGUUUUUCCUCAAACAUUCUCAUUCUAUUCUUCUGUAGAGGAAAAAGGUGACAAUUUCUUCAUAUACAUUUUUACAAGGCACAAUUUUACCCUAGUCAAAAUAAGAAAACGUGUAAAUUGAUUUUGCUGAGAUAGUGCAUCAAUAUUACAGCAUUGAAUAAUGAAUUACAAGGAUCUAAAUUUUUUAUUGAAUUUUAAAAUACUUUGUUCCUAAA